AUGGUGACAGGCAUGUAUUUUGAUGAUCUCCCCCAUGUGAAUCUCGAUAGUCCCGCUUUCCAAAAUCUGUACAAGAGGGCCUGUUCGGAGCUGGCAGUGGAACUUUCGCACAAGAGCAAUCAGCGCACCAAACAAAUUGUUGGGCAGUACCAGAAGAUUGAUAAGGCCGACGGCGGAAAACCUGACGAAAUAGCUCUGUAUGCUUUCGUCGCUGUUGGUCUCAGACCUAGCCAUGGGAAAAACAUUACAUUCAGGCACAACGAGGCUAGAAUGUUAUUCGAUGCUCUUAUGGCCUACAAGACACAGAAUGAACAGGCAGGCGAAUCUUCCGCUUCUCCUCCUGUUGAGAGUCCAGACAAGUCCUCUGCUCCUGCUCCUGAGAACCCCGACGAAUCCUCUGCUUCUCCUUCUCCUAAGAAUUCAGAGGAGACUUCUGACGACGAGGAGAUCUUUGAGUUCGGCGUGUUCCAACCCGGCCAGGAAGAUGAUCCCUUUGCCAAAGCAAAACACUAUGAUCGGGUUACUGGGUUCCCAUUGCGUCGGCAAGAGGUCAAGAAAGAGCGUCAGACGCUCAUUCCCUUGCUCCCCGCCAUUCUGACCAGGCGAAGAAAUUCUUCGGUACCGGGUGGAAGAACGCUCAAUUUGCUAUCCCGAUUGGACCCAAAGAUGUGCUUCUUUCCCCUCCAAACUGGAAUUUCAAAGAAGACGGUGUCACUGUCCGAGCCAGGAUCAUGGGAGAACCCGCCUAUCGCAGGUUAA